GGGAUAUGGGGAGACCUUGAGGCUGUGAGGGUGGCUGCUCAGGAAUCAGGAUUCAGGCCCACAGGAAGGAGCACGUCAUGGUUCUAUCGUCUCUCCAUCAGCCUCAACAAGGACAAACAUUUCCGCUAGGGUGGGGCUUGGAUGACUUCCUCAGCUCAAGGCUGUGAGCAGGGGGAGGGGAGGUCUGUCGGCUCUGCUGUUGGCAGCCAGACCUGAUGCAACAGUCGUGACUCCACUUGGCAGCCUCCUGACCCCUGCUGACCCAACGUCCUGGGGCUUGUCCCCAGCUGGCCAAACCUCUUGUGUGCCAUAGUGCCCACAUUGCCCCGCCCACCGCAGUUGCAUUUCAGGGAUGCCAGAGGCCAUGACACCUGUGUCAGAGCUGACACUUCCUCACCUGACCCACCUUGGGGAGGGACAAGACUGCCCCCUCCCAAACAAGCCAGGUCUGGUCCCUGACUGUCCAUGGGGGUGAGGACUUUCCCUGUGGAGGGGGUUCCCCAGGCCUGGCUAUCCUGAUCCUGACCUUGUGUACAUGUGCGGGGAGGGUUAGGAGGGACAGGGAGUUUGAACUCUGAACCCAGGACAGGCAGGGACCAUGGGUGCUAAGACCCUCUGUCUGCUCAGGGCUCCUCUGAGGGCUAAAGUUUUCCCAGUGCCUGUGGGAGAUGGGCGGGGCCUCCUCUCAGGCUGGGCUCCAGUUUCCGUGGAAACUCACAGGCUUCCCACCCCGGCUGCCUGGGCAGGCUCCCAACUGGGGCCUCAUCCACCGCCUGCCUCUCCUCCCCGAUCCUGUCCACUCCACCUUGGCCUCUCUUGGCCCCCUCCCUGAGUUCCCAUCCCCAAGCCGAGCCUCUCGCCUCCUCCACCGGCCUCUGAUGCCUUCUUCAGGAACCUGGGCCUCUCUUGCCUGGUCUCUAAACUUUAGUUUCUCAGCAAUCCGGCCUCCCAAGCUCCUGCCCCUCCCUCUCAAGCCUUUCUAGUCUCCUUACCAGCUCUAGGGCCUGGCCAGGCCUCCUGCUCCUUCCCUUCUACCGCCUCCCACAGACCAACAGACAAGAGGUCUCCUAGGGUAUUCCACCCGCUUACUCCCCUGCCCCGCCCCACCCAUGGAGAUCCCAGGACUGGUUGUGCAUGGGGAGUCUGCGCCCUUUUCCACAGCACUCCGAAGCCUCAUCAACAAUCCCCUAUACAGGUGAGGAAGUGGGUUUUCCCUGGCUUCCUGUCUGGGUUUUCCCUAGCUUCCUCUGCUGGGCCCCAUGACUCUGAGGAAGCUUGGGUAAUGCAGAGGUGGGGAAUUAGGACUUGACCCUCUUCCCUGGUGAACUCAGUCUGGGGAAGUCACGUGGAGAGGAUGGCUGCUGGUCACUCAGUGUCCGCGAUAUCCUGAGAGCUAGAGGGGGGGCACUGGGAGCUGGAGCCUGGAGUGGCUGUGUGACCUCAGGCAAAGGCCUUCCUUUUUUGGAUCUUGGGUUCCUGGCAGAGAAGAAGAGCCCUCUGCCCUCUGGAUCCUGAGAGAUGGGAUGUAAUUUGAGUCCUUCCCUGGGGAGGCAGAGGAGCAGAUGACCCUGUUCUGGGAACUGGGGAUUCACAAGAGGAACAAAGCUCUAGAGAUUGAGUCAGUCUCAGACAGGAAGUGAUUCAAGGCUGCUGCCUGGGGCUCUCUGGGUGCUAGUGAUGUCUGAAAGCAGGGAUGGAGUGUGGGGCAGGGCUGGUCAGUAGAAUAGAAUGCAGCUUUCUGUCCAUACUGCCUUGGAGCUGGGCUCCUCCCCAAUGGCUGGUGACUCAAAUAACCCUACUGCUUUGAGGAUUGCAGUCUGAUCUAAGUAGUGGGAACCCCAGGGCUUGGACCUGGGACUAGGAGGCUCCAGGAAGCUCAUGCUUCAUCUUCACCCUCCUACCCCUUAUGUUGUUCAGAGGCCCAGAGGCUGGGGCCGGAAGUGAUCAUGAAGAUGGAAAAUGUGGUUUGGCCUCAUGAUUUUGCAUCACUGCCUGCCGUGUCAGUUUGCUGCCAGUGCACUCUGCACCUCCACCCCCUCCUGCCUGGAGGAGGCUGAAAAAAGCUGACUUUGCAGUCUAUGAAGGAAGAGCUUCCCUUCAUAGGGGGAGGAGGUGGGGAGGGGGGUAUGUGGGAUCAGUCUUGCAUCAGCCCUGGUGCUCCCUCAGUGAUCAAGCAUAGCCAGCUCCUCUGAGACUUGAGGGUUUAGGAUUACCGUGCCAUUUCAUGGGUGAGGAACCUGAGAUUCCAAGUGAUGUUCGCUUUGUGGUCGGUCAAGAACGGCAGGAGGUGUUUGCCCACCGGUGCUUAUUGGCCUGUAGAUGCAACUUCUUCCAGCGACUUCUGGGCCCAGAGCUGGGCCCCGGGCUGCCUAGCCCCGUGGUCCUAAGCACUGUGCCAGCCGAGGCCUUCCUGGCAGUGCUGGAGUUCCUGUACACCAACAGUGUCAAGCUGCACCGCCACUCUGUGAGCCCAUCGGGCAGAGGGCUGGGUGGCGAGGGAGGCGAUGGGCUGAGGGACAAGGGGAACUCCCUUCCUUUCCGGCAACCACCCCCUCUGCAGGUGCUGGAGGUGCUGACUGCGGCUUUGGAGUACGGGCUGGAGGAACUGCGUGAGCUGUGCCUGGAGUUUGUGGUGAAGGUGCUGGAUGUGGAGCUGGUUUGUGAGGCCCUGCAGGUUGCCGUAACUUUUGGCCUGGGGCCGCUGCAGGAGCGUUGCAUAGCCUUCAUAGAGGCCCACAGCCAGGAGGCGCUCAGAACCCGCGGCUUCCUGGAGCUGUCGGCGCCCGCGUUGCUGCCCCUGCUGCGCAGCGACAAGCUCUGCGUGGACGAGGCUGAGCUGGUCCUGGCGGCCCGGAGCUGGGCGCGCGUGGGCGCGGCAGUGCUGGAGCGGCCUGUGGCCGAGGUGGCGGCCCCAGUGGUGCAGGAGCUGAGAUUGGCCUUGCUGGCCCCGGCGGAGCUGAGCGCCCUGGAAGAGCAGAACCGGCAGGAACCGCUCAUCCCGGUGGAGCAGAUCGUGGAGGCGUGGAAGUGCCACGCUCUGCGGAGAGGGGAUGCGGCCCGGGGCGCCCGGUGCCGCCGCCGGAGAGGAACCCUGCCCCGGGAGCAUCACCGCUUUUUGGAUCUGCCCUUUAAGUGACCAAAGGCCGCGACUUGCCGGGAACUCUGGGCCUGUCCCAAACUACAGCUCCCGACAAGCUCGGCGCUCGGAGCGGGCUUUUGCUCCCAGCAUGCCCUGCGAGCGGGGCGCCGGCAGGACCGCUCUCUGCCUUGCCCAGCGCCCUGGGGGUGGCGCGGGAGGGGUGCACGUGGACUUGGGCUGGGCCCAGGCUCUCCACCCGCCAAAACCCAAAAGUUAUUUCCUUCGCGUCAUACCCUGACUCUGCACCCGGUCCCUGGGCCUUCUUGACGUAUCUUCUCAGGUCAGCCGCCUCUUUAAUUCCAGCCCUGCCUCCUGGAGACCUCGCUCUAAAUGCCCCGCAGACACCUCAGACUUAGCCCCAAAUUGAGCUCCCUCCUCGUCUUUCCCAAGUUCUGCCCCCCGUCGUGUUUUUCAUCACCGUGGGUGUCCCAGCGGGAAUCUUGGAUCUCAUCCUUGCCUUCUUCCUCUUCCUCACAUCUGCCUCCCGUGGCAUCUACCUUCUAAGAGGCUGAAGGGUAGCAGAAUAUGUCACCCCAAGAUAGGCCUCUUUGGCAUAAGGAUUAUUUUAAGCUGAUUAUUUUGAGAAACCGGAGAAGCUGUGAAAACAAUAGAAAUUACCCUUUUGUAAGGGGAAUUUAUGAAGGAAAUCGUUUGUAAGGGUGUCUCCCUCUCUGUACUAGGAAAAGAAGGAUGACUAACAAGAGAAUCUCCUCGGUGGAGGCGGCACCCACGGAAAUCUGCUUACCCUUAGCCUUGCCGGCCGGGCUUUUCCUGGUGGCCUCCCCACACUUUUUUUUCUUUUGUCUUUAGCUGAAGAUGGUAUUUAAGCAGGUAUUUUAGGCCGCCUCAGGGAGUUACUAAAUUUUCCCUGGGUAUCUCCCAUGAGGUAUACAUGUUAAUAAACUCCUGUUUGUUUUUGUCUCGUUAA